UUGUUGUUUAUUCGGCAAAAUUUUGUUUUUAAUCGGUUCCGUGAUCGGUGGUUUGUGUGUGUGUGUGUGAGUAUUUCGAGAGUGAACAAUACAAUAAUUAUUAUUGAAAUUUAAUAAUGAAUCGUGUAAGCUUUUUAAUUAACUGUAAUUUUUCAAAUCUUUCACUGGAAGAAAAAGUAAACAUUAAGACUUUAGGCAGACCUUUGCCGGAUUUAAAUAUUACUCAAGUGAGUGAAAGGAAAACACAACAAAGAAGUUUUACUCGCCGUUUUUCGAGGGACAUUUAUCUGAGAAAUAAUUGGAUAUGUGGUUGUGAAGAAACAAACUUAUUAUACUGUUUUCCGUGUGUGUUAUUUUUUGUCGCUGGCUCUAGUAGUGUCGAUCCAAGUUGGGCAAGAAAAGGGGUAAGAGAUUUACAACAUCUUGCGGCUAAAAUAAAAAAGCAUGACAUUUCACGAGGACAUAUAAAUUCUUGCGCUUCGUUUUCUCUACUGGAUAAGCCUAAUAUUUUAACACAAUUGAGUCCUGCAUAUAGAGACAAUUUAAUUAAGCAUAAUGAUGAAAUAAGAAAAAAUAGGCACAUUUUAAUGAGAAUUAUUAGCUGCGUAAAAUUUUGUGGGGCCUUUGAAUUGGCACUUCGAGGCCACAAUGAAACUAAGGAUUCUUUAAAUAAGGGUUUGUUGAAGGAAUUAAUUAAUUUUACCGCAGAAUUAGAUGUCACACUUAAGGAACACUUGCAGAAUUCAACAGUCUUUAAAGGAACAUCUAAAAUGAUUCAGAACGAUAUUUUGGAGUGUAUGCUUUAUGUUUGUAGACAAGAAAUUUCCAACCAUAUUGAAAAAUCGGAAUUUGUAUCAAUACAAUGCGAUGAGACUACGGAUGUAUCAAAUGACUGCCAAAUGGUAAUAAUAUUAAGAUAUUUCUUUGAUAGAUCCAUUCAUGAACAUUUCUGGGGCUUUAUAAAGGUUAAGGAUAAAACUGCAACAGGAUUAACAACGUGUAUCGAAAAUGAAAUUGAUCCGCUAAUUUUAAAGACACCUCAAAAAUUAAUAGCUCAAACCUACGACGGGGCAAAUUUAAUGAGUGGUUCAAUUAACGGUGUUCAAGCUCAGAUUAAAGUAAAAUAUCCAAACGCGCAUUUCGUUCACUGUUAUGCUCACCAGCUGAACCUUAUUAUGCAAAAAUCGGUAUCUCAAAAUCCGAAAGUACGCGUUUUUUUUAAUAAUCUGUCUGCAAUACCAGCUUUUUUCUCAAAUUCCUCCCACCGAUGUGAUGUACUACAAGAAAUAGUACAUAGAAAAUUGCCUAGAGUGGCAACAGCUAGCGGGAAUUAUAAUAUUCGCACCGUGAAUAUUGUUUAUGAACAUCGCGAAAAAUUAAUUGAGGUUUUUCAAGAAAUUGAGCAGAAAUGUGAGAAAAGUGUGACGUCAAAUGAAGCUUCCGGUUUAAGGAGAGCAUUAGAGGAUCCAGAAUUCUUUUUCUGGCUUACCCUUUUUCACAAAAUCAUGCCGCACGUGGACAUACUUUAUAAUCAGCUCCAGUCAAAAAGUAAGGAUAGUGUGUCAUUGCAAAAGGAUCUGUCCAUAUUUGAAUCAAGCAUUGCCAAAAUAAGAAACGACACCGAUAAUAUUAAGGCUAAUGUAGAAUUAAACUUUGAAAGUGUCAAAAGAAGAAGAACUGACGAUAACUUGAGAAGUAUUAUUGCAAAAGAGGUAUGUGAUACAGUUGUUACCCAAGCGAAGGACAGAUUUUCCUAUCGAGGUCAUCUUCAAGCAGCUAACUUGUUCGAUAAAGAAGCGUAUCCAAAAUAUAACAAGACUUUUCCAGUGGAUAUUUUAGAUAAUGUAGUUACUUUUUAUCCAAUGUUAUGUAAAAUUAGAUUAAGAACUGAACUAGAAGUCAUUUACUCAAGACCAGAUAUCUCACAAAAUAUUGGAGCUAUGAACUUGCUUUCAUUUAUUUUAGAAAAUAAUCUUGGCGAAACUUUUGCCGAAACAAUAAAAUUAUUAAAUAUCAUUGUGACGAUCCCAAUGAUAACUGCAGAGACCGAGCGCAAUUUUUCCACCCUUAAGAGAAUAAAAAACUUCCUGCGAAGUACUAUGCUUAAUGAAAGACUUAAUGCUUUAGCCAUGAUGUCCAUCAAUAGAAAUUUAGUGAUGGAAAUAAACAAUUUUGAUGAAAAAGUAAUGGAAAGAUUUAUAAAUAUGAAAGACCGUCGAGCAGAUUUUACUUUUAAGAAGUAGCU